ACUCGCUCGUCAGCUCUUGCUGUCCUACUGACCAUUUGACGGCAUUAAAGAGAGUUGGAGCAGCUAGGAAGUGGUCAAUUUCGCCCAUGGACUCCGUUCUCAUGUUGCUGCUGCUGGUUAGGUACGUUGGUGAUGAGGCAAGUUGGACUGCAUGCAAGGUCGGCCGUAGCCAUCGCACCAAUUGCCACUUACAUGACCCGUACCGCCUCUGUACAGAUUAACAUCACCGUCCUCUCGAGGUCACGCUUCUGGACAGGCAUAUUCGCGCUCGCUCAUGCACUCACUCACUCACAGGCAAAGCUCCGAAAGAGUGAGCCAGGGAAGUUGAGAAUGAGCUUAGUGUGUGACAUUGACCACUCCCACUGACACUGCUGUACUGUCCCGUACAAAGCUCGGCAAUGGAAGUCCUAAACCUCAAUCCCAAAGUACUAAGCGACCUUCGUCACGGCUUAAGGCGGCAACGAGAGCAUUUACAGCUCCCGAUGACUGGCACCAGCUGCGUCUCUGACAUGACUCGCACUCCUGCCAGCGGCAGCGGCAGCGGGCUCCUGAUCAGGCUUUAAGUAGCUUGGAUCGCGAAGUGCCUUAGUCCAAUUCCAGUGCUGGACUCACAGGCAUUCCUCAGGUCCGGAUGCUUCUGCUGCUACUUGUGCUCUGCAAUCCAUGUCUGCUCUCUAGCUGCUGCAAGGCCUCACGUACUUCACUUCACGUCCUCCUUAUAGAGUUGCGAGGCAAGGCUGCUCUUGACCGUUCGGCUUGUUACGCAAGAUCGACUCAGACUCAGACUCAGACUGCGCUGCGCUGGGAAAGCUAUGGCAAGGGCGUUCAUGAUGGCUUCUUGCAUGCACAAUAACUGAUCACUCUGCAGUGCACUGGAGGAUCUCUAUACAUCAUCACUUUUCACGUCGGAUCUUUGAAAAACCCUUCUCCACGGUCGUCGAUAGCUCGAUGUCCCGUCGCUGAUGCUGCUGCUGCUGCUGCCGCCGCCGCCGCCCGUCGAAGUACCUCUGAUCACCUGAUACAUCUGAUCCGGGAGCUCGAAGCCGUGUGUUCUUGAUCUUGUUUCGUCGAAUACUCGCCGUGAAAGAAAGAAGGAAUCGAAGGACCGACCGACCCGAGAGCUGCGUCGUUGAACCUGCGACUCUUUGAAAUGGGGGCAAGUGCUGAGUUCCUAGUCGGAGUUCUCGGAAACAUCACCGGAGUGUGCCUUUUCGUGGCUCCAGCCACCACUUUCUACCGGAUUUUCAAGAAAAAGGCCACGGACAGCUUUUCCGCCAUACCUUACUUGUGCACCCUUCUAAAUUGUGUCCUGUGGUUGCUUUAUGGCAUGCCCUUUGUUACCAAGAAUGGUGUUCUGAUCAUGACUAUCAAUGGGAUCGGAGCAAUUCUGGAGAUGUGUUACCUCUCUAUUUUCAUGAAGUAUGCGGCCAAGCCAGGCAAGAUUCAUACGGCGAAAGUUGGGGGCACUCUGGGAGUCUUCUUCAUCGUGGUGGUACUUGUAGUCGUCUUUGCCACACAUCACCUCCACGCACGACAUACCAUCGUUGGGAUCCUGUGCGUCAUCAUCACCAUUGUCAUGUAUGCAGCUCCCCUCUCUGUCAUGCGUGUUGUAAUCAAAACGAAGAGUGUGGAGUAUAUGCCUCUUCCUCUGUCGGUGAUGGUGUUACUGAACAGCGCAGCAUGGUCGGCCUAUGCCCUCCUGAAAAAAGACAUCUACAUCAUGAUACCCAACUUUUUCGGCGUUGUUCUGGGGAUUGGACAACUGAUUCUAUACUGGUGGUAUUACGGAGCACCAAAGCCAACUCUUCAGGAGGAGCUGGAGAUGGGGCAAAAGUCAGCGCAACAGGGAAGUAAUGAGCUGCCUCCAGGUGCUCUGGAUGUUUCCAAUCCCUCGGAUGUUCACUCAUCGAACAUGGAGUCCGUGUCCUUGAAAGAUUCGAGUUCAGUCGAGACCAAAAUUUCCGGUUCUCCAACUCGUGGCAGCACCCUGCCGGCGUAUUCGACCAUAGCAUUCUCGUCUCAUAACCUCAGAUCUUAGACAAGGCUCACUCACUCCCUCCCUCCCUCACUCUCAGCGUGAAUACAUCUCAACCACUGUGUCUACGAAUUCGAGGAUCGAAGCUUGCUUCAGAGCUGGAAAGCAGUUUUAUGCCGAUUGGUGCAGAAUCAUAAAAUAUUCCACGGAUUGCAGUAUUCCACAUCGUUACCAUAUUCCUUCCCUCCGUCUGUCUGUCCGUCCAUUACCAGAUCGAGUUACACGGAAAAGUUUCCACGAGCCAUCUUCGAGAACUCUGUCACUCGUGUGUUUCCAUUCAUUUAUUCAUGAAAAAUUCCUCUGUCAGCACUAAUCUCCUUCGAGUUGUCGAGCCUUCCAGCCAUCUAUUCUGCUCUGGUCUGAAUGGAAUCCUAUGUUUGUACCACUAAAUCAGCGAGCUUUUUCACAGAUUAUCGAAUGGAGUCAUUGACCUGAACAUCCAUACGAUGAUGCUCAGAAAGUAGAAGAAAAGAUGUGCUGACGUUGGACUGAGUUUGCUCGAGUCCGAUUGAGUAUUGUGCCUCGAUUGUCGAUCUGACUGCCUUUGUCAUUGACCCGAUAACACACAUUCUCUCUCUCGCUCUCGGUGUCCCACAAAUUUAGCGGCGUUUCGACAUCCACGAUGCUUCAUGUUACUACUCGACCUCUUCGUCCUCUUAUUUCCUUAAAUAAAAUCUGCAUAGUGGUUCGAGUUGAAGGUAGACGUAUCAGUAGGAAGACUUCUCCACGUGUUUGUCGAUGGCGAACUUAGUGCCUGUAACAGCGAUUUGUCGGCACCAGACGUCGCUGAGGAAGGCCAGGCGAAUUGCGAACCACAUCGAAGAGGACAACGACGCUGUCCGUCUUCUGCUUGUUUUACAGGGGAGCGAUUGAUAGUACCAAGGCAAUAAUAGAGUAGAGUAGAGUAGAGGCGGCCAGAGUAGAGGACAGAGUAGAACUCCGGAAAGCUGAAGGCAAAUGCACGAGGCAGAGGCAGAGUGCCAAACCUGAAUCGCCACUUUCGACCACAAUGACUUCGUCAGGUGGAGAAUGGGAAACUGAGAGGACGUAUGCCCAUCCACUUUAUCUUACGUAUCCAAAGUCCGAUUCGUCGUUAGAUAUUGCAGGAGAAUGGACGUUAGUGAAUAAAUAAUGCU